AUCCGGAUAACUGUUCUUAUGCAGCGAUGUGUGUUGCAAUCGAGUGUGUAGUUUUAUUGGAGUUAAUCAUUUCCAAAUUUAGUGUGAAGGUUAAAUUGUGUAGUUUAUUGGUGCACCCUGGUAUCCCUGAGGGCCUCUACAAUGUUAAAACAAAAGGAUACUACACAUGGUUAUUGACUAUUCUUGGAGGAUUCUUCACGUUUAUAUAAAAACGAAUUUAAUUGGUUAACAAAGCAUUAAUUUGGUGUCCUUCAGCAGUAUGAUGAUCGUUUCGAUAAGAGAUGGAAUUUAAAAUUUUAUAGUUCGUGGCUAAUUCUAACCUAAAACUAGACUCCACUUCGUACGUAUUGGGCAAAACAAUACUUCACCCUGCUUGCGCAUGCCAUCCAUACAAUUCGCAUACAAUUCGCUAGUCGUUGAACUGCAAUGGAAGGCCACUACGAUUGCUAGUAUCGAUCGUCCAACUUAGUGCCAUAUUUCUGGCGUGUGAAGAGGUUAUUUGUGUGAAAAGCGGCAAACCACAUGUAAUAAAGCACAAACAAACCACACAAGCUAAAUGGUUCGGCCGCUCUCUGCUUUUCUUCCUUCCCAGAGCUGCAUUGGGCAACGGUGUGUUUUUGGGGUGGAUGUGUUUAAAUAAUUCCGUGCUGACAGUGGGAACCGAAAAUGCAGUCAAGGUGUUUGCUGGCAGUGAAGCUUACCUGGUGGUGCUUGAUGGUGCCGUUGGCCACGAUUGGGCGCCCCGCUUGUAUGGCCGUAGCAAUAGAAUCUCCCGAGCCGGCAUCACUGUUACGACCUCGGGAUGUAAAUCCACACCCGUACCAGAAUGCCUACGACGGUAUCGCCAUCUUCGACCGGAACCUCAUUACCAAUAGCGAGAAAUUCACCGAAAAUCUUCUCAAUCAAGGUCCGAUACAGUUCCCACGGUUGCGAGAAGGAAGCACUGUUAACGCACUGCCCUAUCCGUACGAAACGUUGGCCCUCAAGGAACGGCAACAUAAGAUGGUACGGUUUUCCGGUGCCGAUAGCCAGACGGUAAAACCAGCGUACCAGGCAUUAGCGAAACAUGCUGCACGGGUACUUGGCAAAAGCUACGCCGUGGAAGAUAUCGAAGCUUAUAAUGAAGCGUCUACAAACGUGAAAAAGAAUUACGUUUUUUCGUACGCCGUCAAAGAUACGGCCUCGGGUGAUGAUUUUUCGCACACCCAGCAACAGCAGCAGGACGGUGCAGUCAAGGGCAGCUACAAGGUGCAACUACCGGAUGGACGUAUGCAGAUCGUCAAAUAUAUCGCCGACAAUAAUGGCUACCGGGCGGAUGUUACCUACGAAAAUGAACCGGCAGGCUUAGUGCCGGCCGCCAGUCCCCCAACAGGAACGGUAGUACCGGUUGCUACGGGAGCACCAAAUGCGGGAGCCUACCAAACGUACUACGCGAAAACUCCUGUCCAACAACCGCAACAGCAGUACCUCACCCAGAUUCGUCCGGCCCGGCUGUACUAUGCCGCACCCAAUCCGAAUCAAAUUCCCGUUCCAUUCUAUCCAACGCAAUUGCGCCCAAGUGAUGUGAAGAUCCACAGCUACAAUACGGCUCCCCAUGCCGGUGCAGUGAUCGCCUCCACCACAACCCAAGCUACGCCAGGUUCCGGAGCUUAUCUGACCACUUUCCCAGCAUCCGGCAAUCUGGCUUAUAUUGCGACAUCAAGCGCAAACGGACCGAUCGGCACGGUACAACUGCAAUCCAAUGGUGGUGGAGGUGGAGGUGGUGGUCUCGGUACGAUUGCGGUCCCCGUGACAGCGAUUCCGCUGGCUUACCGUGACAUCAACGUGCCACCACCUCCACCCGUACAACCGAUCGGUGUAGCAUUCGCUUCUGCCGGUCGUCGUACGACUGUUUUCGCUGACGGUGCGCGUGUAUCGCCCCAGGGUACACUGCAGCAAACGAUCUACCAGCAGCAGCCAGCACAAGCCCAGCAAGCAUUAGACUAUGGAUAUGUGCAGAUUCCAGUUGACAAUCGGGUGUACAGACGCGACACGGAUCGCAGUACGGAAGUACUGCCACGGCAGCAAAAGCUCGCCAAAAAGACAGCACCGAAGGCGCGAAAUCCAACGAAGCGCCAUCAGCAAGAGCACCAAGCGAUGUAAAUUGUGCGUGAUUGAUUGGUCGUAAUGAUCUUUUGUCUAAUAGCUAAUUACUUAUAAUAAAACUAAUGGUAAUGAUCAGAUACUUGAUUGUGAGUCGA